UAGGACCAGAUAUUAGAUACCGUCUUGAUGAAUCUGUCUCCGGUAAUUAUAUCAGCGCUGGUUCAAUUCUGCCUGAGUUUAGGCUGGUAUGAUGGAUAUAGUUACCAUAUAUUUACAACUAAAUACCUGAAGAAACACAAACCAAGGACAUAUCACUCAUCAACAUUUCCUUUAUGGAAAAAACAUUUUUUCUGGAGAAAAAGGCGGAUGCCUGAGACAGGAAAUAAUUAUAAACAAAAUGAGUUUUUUCUUUUCAACAGAAUUCCAGCCAGGAAAAGAUUUUUUCAAUAUUCACCUUAUUUUCCAAGCCAUUCUGAAAAGUUAAGAAGCAAAUCAAAAUCAGAGGUUCACAAAGACAAAUCUCGAGUAAGAUUCAAUGACUUAAAAUCUUAUAGCAAUGACUAUGCUAGUAACGCAUUUGUUCGUCGUAACUUUGUUCGUCCACCUUACUACCUGUUUUAUUUAAAGUCUCCCCAUAUGUAUUUAACACAUCUAAAUGACGCUGGUCAUAUGCAUUCAGGCACGUCCGAAAACCAACAAACAAAUGUAAAUAAAGCAGGAGAACUAUUCAGAAAGCCUCUUGCAGAAGAUAGUUUUGGAUUACUUAGUAGUAGAAGUAGUACUAGCUUAGAUAAAAAUUAUAAUUCUGCUGAUCGUAUGUUAGUUCAAGAAAACAGUAAUAAAAAUGUUGUUGAUACAAUAGCUGAUAUAGGGGAAAAACUACAGUCGCAAAUUCUUAAUCCUGUGUCGAAACCAUCAAUAAAACAACAUAUAUUAGUAAAUAACCCAAACAAGGUUGCAGAACAAGAAUUUCAAGAUUCACGUUCCAUAUUCAAGAACUUAAAUGAAAUAACAAAUGACAGGAUAUCAAGACCUUAUCAGAAAAGUACAGAUAUCCAACAAUUAGAAGUAAAUAGUUUUGGAUAUUUUGAUCAGUCAAAUUCAGACAAUUCUAAUGAAAAUGGUGAAACUUUACUUCAUUCCAAUCCUGGUUUUAUAAAAGGAUAUACUGAUGAUAACACUUUUGAGAACCCGUUUGACACCAUUUUUUUAGCCGAUCCAGCUGAGCAAUUUGAAAAUAAACCACGUAAAUAUUCGGGUGUUUUGAAUAUGGAUAUAAAUGACGAUAAUGAUAAAGAUUACCCACAAGAACCUACUAUUGAAACAUUUCAUCCGUCGAAUAACAAAGAGUAUUUUAAAAUGGAUACAGAAUUUGAAACUUUUCCUGAAAAACAUUCGAGACCUACAAAUUUUCCAGAUAAUGAUAUAUUAGUUAUACCACCAUUAAAAGAAAAUUCAGGAACGCUAACGGAAUCAAGCUUUGGUAAAUUUAAGAGUUACCCAUAUUUGCCAAUAACUUUUAACUCGAAUAACCAGGCAAAACCUACAGCACAGUAUAAAAAUCAUCACUCAGAACACACGUUGAACAGUUUUAGAGAUAUUGACAGAGAACAAGAAUUGCCGAGUAAAAAUGAUAAAUCCUUCUUGAAUUCAUUGUAUAAUAAUACUUAUUCCCAAUCCAGAUCGAACCUGUUAGGUUUAAACCCUUCUAUCUCGACAGAAAGAACGCUAUUCAAUCCAAGCAAAAUUCAAUUCCAUAAUAAGCCUCUAGAAUUUCCAAUUCAAGGAUUAAGAGCAUCUCAUCUGAUGGAUGGAUUUGGUACUGAUACAGAAUUUCAAGAUGGUGGAGGUGGAAUGUUUAUAAACAUAGCAGAAGAAGGGUCCUUUAAUAAUGAUGAUAGUGGAUGUGAAGGUAUAACCACCCGGACAUGUAAAGAGGACAAAGAAUGUAGCUGUUAUGGAAGCUUCUUUUGCAUAGAAGGAAAAUGCUCAAUGAUGACAAAAUCAGAUAGCGGUGAUACAGAAAAUAGUGGGCAGUUGUGGCAGUAACAAUGUACAAUUCAAAGACCAUCUGAUGUUAAUUCUUUUUCAAACUUUUACCGUAUGAAAUAAAAAAAAAUCCUUUUUAACUUGUAAUAUAUAUAAUAGCCCCACUCGACAAAUAACUUGUUUUUGAAUUUUAAUAAAUCUUGUCAGACAGUA